ACAGCAAGUUAAACUAGCCGAACGGACCAAAACAAUCUUCUGGGAAGAUUUUGCAGGAGCAUUUUAUACUUAUAUAUAAAACGCUGCUCAACUAUGCUGGGAUGUGGAUAUGGCGAUUCCAAGGAGGAUGUUUGCACUCCAUGCCGGCGUGUGCUGGUGACCGGAGCCACUGGUCUACUUGGACGUGCAGUCUACAAGGAGUUCCAGAACAAUGACUGGGAGGUCCUGGGGUGUGGAUACACUCGUGCUCGGCCUCGUUUCCUCAGCUGCAACCUGUUGGAUGAGGAGGCUGUGCGGGCGGUUAUUCACAACUUCCAGCCUCAUGUGAUCGUACACUGUGCUGCUGAGAGAAGGCCUGAUGUGGUGGAGCAUCACACUGAAGCAGCCUUGAACCUGAAUGUACAUGCAUGUGCUACACUGGCAAAAGAAGCAGCUGGCAUCUUUCUGAUCUACAUUAGCACUGAUUAUGUGUUUGAUGGACGCAAUCCCCCAUAUGGAGAAAACGACACCCCCAACCCGUUAAACAUGUAUGGGAAAUCAAAGCUUAAGGGGGAAGAGGAGAUACUCCGACACUGUCCAGGUGCUGCAAUACUCAGGGUGCCCAUUCUCUAUGGAGAGGUGGAGAAGGUUGAGGAGAGUGCUGUCACUGUGCUGUGGGACUGCAUUCAGGAAGGAGCUGAGAGCUCAACUGUAGACCACUGCCAGCAGCGCUUCCCCACCUAUACCAGUGAUGUGCACGUGUCUGCAGGAAUAUGGCUGAUCGAUGUCUCAGGACUCAUCCUGCACGGGAUCUUCCAUUAUUCUGGAAAAGAACAGAUGACUAAAUAUGAGAUAGCCUGUGCUAUUGCAGAUGCGUUUAACCUACCCAGGAGUCACCUGAUACCGUUGACCGAGCAGCCUGCUGGAGCCGGCGCUCAGAGGCCGCAGAAUGCUCAGUUAGAAUGUUCUCGUCUGGACCUACUUGGGCUGAGUGUGGAACCAACUCCCUUUAAAACAGCAAUUAGAAAUUGUCUCUGGCCAUUCCUCCAUGAUAAACGCUGGAGACAGACAGUCUUUCACUGAGCGACAAAGCAUACAUUCUUGACUUAGUCAGAAAAUAUGGCCAAAUCUGUUCACAAGUUAAACAGCUUUAGUUGAUGUUAUAUUAAUGCACACAGCGACUAAUGUAUUAUUUUAUUCUUAUUUUCAUUGCACUCUAUGUAAUAGUAUUGUCGCUUAAGGCAGUUGAGGAUAAUUUGUGUAUGGGUUUUAACCACUUUCUGUCACGAAUGUAGUAAAAAGCAAACUGUCUGGGAGAUUAUCUAAGUGUACCCAGGAUGACCAUAUAAUACAUAUACAAACAACCUGCUUGGUCCAUAUUGUAGAACACUGCAUUUUGUUAAUUUUUUUUUAAAAGU